CUCGCGCAGGCCGGCUCGGCGGCCCAGGGCCCCGCGGUGCCGCAGCGAGCGGCUUGUAAACAGAUCCGGCCGCACGUGACCAUGUGAACUACCUGCUCCGGGCCGCGUUAUUGUCUCUCUCCCAAGAGUCGCGCCACAAAGAAGCCGGUGGUGGGAGAGCGGCCCGUUGCGCUAAGAUGGCUGAAGGCGCCCGGCGAGGGUGAGCUAGCCGGGGGCGCGGCCACCGCGGAGACUCGGCCGGGCGGCCCCCCUCGGCGGGGCACCGGAGCUUACCAUGUCGUCGUUCGCGCUGGAGGAGACACUCGAGUCCGACUGGGUGGCCGUGCGGCCCCACGUCUUCGACGAGCGCGAGAAGCACAAGUUCGUGUUCAUUGUGGCCUGGAACGAGAUCGAAGGCAAGUUUGCCAUAACCUGUCACAACCGGACGGCCCAGAGACAGAGGAGCGGUUCCCGGGAACAGGCGGGGACGCCCACGCCUGAUGCGAGCCGCGGGCCCGGCAGCCCGGCGGCCAGGGCUCGGCCCGAGCCGCUUCGGAGUCCCGGGCCACGGAAGAGCCGGGCCUGGGCCGAGGGUGGCUCUCCGCGCAGCACGCGCAGCACGCGCAUCCCGAGGGGCGAGCCUCUCCGGGGCCCGGCGGGCAAAGGACCGGAGAGUCCCCUCCGUAGCCCCGCGCGGGUCAAGGCCAGCCCGCUCCGCCGAGGCGCGGAGUCCCGAGAUGCGACGACAGCCGCGGCCGCGCCAUCCCCGCCGGCGCCCCCGGUGUCAUCCGUGCGGGUGGUGAGUGCCUCCGGGGCGGUCUCCGAAGAGAUCGAGGUGUUGGAAAUGGUGAGGGAGGACGAGGCGCCGCUGUCGCUACCCGACUCGGAGCAGCAGCCGCCGCCACCAUCGUCGUCCGCCGCGGAGUUGGAGUCUCCGGCUGAAGAGUGCAGUUGGGCCGGGCUCUUCUCCUUCCAGGAUCUGCGGGCCGUGCACCAGCAGCUGUGCUCUGUCAACUCACAGCUGGAGCCGUGUCUGCCGGUGUUCCCCGAAGAGCCGUCCGGCAUGUGGACGGUGCUGUUUGGGGGCGCCCCCGAGAUGACCGAGCAGGAGAUCGACGCGCUGUGUUACCAACUCCAGGUCUACCUGGGCCACGGCCUGGACACGUGUGGCUGGAAGAUCCUUUCCCAGGUGCUGUUCACGGAGACGGAUGAUCCCGAAGAGUAUUACGAAAGCCUCAGCGAGCUGCGGCAGAAGGGUUAUGAGGAGGUGCUUGAGCGGGCCAGGAAACGCAUCCAGGAGCUCUUGGACAAGCACAAGACAAUAGAGAGCAUGGUGGAGCUUCUGGACUUGUAUCAGUUGGAGGACGAAGCCUACAGCAGCCUCGCAGAGGCCACAACUGAGCUCUACCAGUAUUUACUCCAGCCAUUCCGAGACAUGCGAGAGCUUGCCAUGCUGCGAAGACAGCAGAUCAAGAUUUCCAUGGAGAAUGAUUAUUUGGGACCCCGAAGAAUUGAGAGGCUGCAAAAAGAAGAUGCUGACUGGCAGAGGAAAGCUCACAUGGCUGUGCUGUCUAUUCAGGACCUCACUGUCAAGUAUUUUGAAAUAACAGCUAAAGCCCAGAAAGCUGUGUAUGAUCGGAUGCGAGCAGAUCAGAAGAAAUUUGGCAAAGCAUCAUGGGCAGCAGCUGCUGAACGCAUGGAAAAACUCCAGUAUGCAGUUUCUAAAGAGACCUUGCAGAUGAUGAGAGCUAAAGAGAUUUGUCUGGAACAGAAGAAACAUGCACUAAAAGAAGAGAUGCAAAGUUUACAGGGCGGUACAGAAGCUAUUGCUCAGUUGGACCAGCUAGAAUCUGAUUACUAUGAUCUGCAACUUCAGCUGUAUGAAGUCCAGUUUGAAAUCUUGAAGUGUGAAGAGCUACUGUUGACUGCACAGCUGGAGAGCAUCAAGAGACUCAUAUCAGAAAAGAGAGACGAAGUGGUCUACUAUGAUACUUAUGAAAGUAUGGAGGCCAUGCUGGAGAAGGAAGAGAUGGCGGCCUCUGUGCACGCACAGAGGGAGGAGCUACAGAAACUGCAGCAGAAGGCACGCCAGCUGGAAGCAAGAAGGGGGCGUGUCUCAGCCAAGAAAGCCUACCUCAGAAAUAAAAAGGAAAUUUGUAUUGCAAAACACAACGAGAAGUCCCAACAGCGCUUUCAGAGUGCAGAUGAAUAUAGAAGCCAUCGUGCAGUGCAACUAAAGAGAGAAAAAUUACAUGAUGAAGAGGAAAGAAAAAGUGCCUGGGUUAGCCAAGAGAGACAGAGGACAUUGGAUAGACUUCGAACAUUUAAGCAGAGGUACCCUGGGCAAGUCAUCCUUAAGUCAACCAGAUUACGAGUGGCUCAUGCGAGAAGAAAAAGCACAGCAAGCCCUGUGUCCUGUGAGGAGCAGUGUGGCUCUCUCUCAGCCGUGCUGCAGGGGGAGGAGACAUCAGAGGCGGGAGAAGGAAGACACCAGCUUGGAUCUUCACAGACAGCAGAAUCCCGGAGCCUUGUCCAACUUGAAGACACCUCUUCAGUACAACUUGAAGCCACUUCAUUACCUCCCAGUGCUGUUACCUCUGAACUGCCUCCUCCAUCUGCGUCACUUCCACUUUUGACCAGUAAUGACCUCAAACCAUGUUCUGCUACCAUGGAUCCUCUCCUACCCCCUCUUCCUCCUACCCCUCCCCCUCCCCCUCCUCCACCUCCACCUCCGCCCCCACCUCUGCCUGUUGCAAAGGACACCGAUGCCACCAGCACUGCAGAGACACUGGAGAAAGAUCUGCUUAGAAAGGAGGGCAAUGAGAAGAGGAUCCCAAAGUCAGCCAGUGCCCCAUCAGCACACCUCUUUGAUAGCAGCCAGCUAGUCAGUGCCCGAAAGAAGCUCAGAAAGACUGCUGAUGGUUUGCAGAGGAGGAGAGUGAGUUCACCCAUGGAUGAGGUGUUAGCAUCCUUGAAGCGUGGUAGUUUUCAUCUGAGAAAAGUUGAACAGCGGACUCUGCCUCCUUUUCGUGAUGAAGAUGACAGUAAUAAUAUCUUGGCGCAGAUAAGGAAAGGGGUAAAAUUGAAGAAGGUUCAGAAAGAAGUUUUGAGAGAAUCCUUCACACUCCUGCCUGAUACAGACCCUUUGACACGGAGCAUCCAUGAAGCUCUGAGAAGAAUAAAAGAAGCAUCCCCGGAGUCAGAGGAUGAGGAGGAGGCUUUACCUUGCACAGACUGGGAGACCUAGCAGGUGACUUAACAGAAAGAAGAAAAAUAGCCAUGGAUGAAGACUGGCUCUGAUUCUUUUGGGGAAAAGUUUAAGCUCUUGGUCCCAUGAUUGGAUUCCAUUAGAUUCCAAGUGUUGGCAAAGUGGUGUGAAAACAGGAAGCACAGCUGGGAGGUUAUUACUGUGCAGUCACUCAUUGGUAGUAGUGACAUCAGUUUUAUAUGUGCAAUGUUCCUCACUGCAG